GGGCACCAGAUGCCGUCAACCUGUGGGUGGCCGGGCCCCGGGGGAGCCAGGACGUGGGCGGGCGCUCGGCAGGUGCCCCGCGGCGGAGCGCGCAGGGGCGUGGUGGGAGGUGCUGGGCGCAAGGCCCCAGGUGGCCGCCAGCUGUCCCCACUCGGGCCACUCCCCGCGCGCCCCGGCGGACCGCUGCUCUCCACGCGGCGCGCGCGCGUGGGACUCUGGCAGGGACUCCUCCGAGGGCGCGAUCGGGUCUCCCCACACAGGGCCCCGCGUCUUUGGAGGAAAUAUGGGAUGUAUAAAAUCAAAAAGGAAAGACAAUCUGAAUGACGAUGGAGUAGAUUUGAAGACCCAACCAGUACGUAAUACUGACCGAACUAUUUAUGUGAGAGAUCCAACGUCCAAUAAACAGCAAAGGCCAGUACCAGAAUCUCAGCUUUUGCCAGGACAGAGGUUUCAAACUAAAGAUCCAGAGGAGCAAGGGGACAUCGUGAUUGCCCUGUACCCCUAUGAUGGCAUCCAUCCCGAUGACUUGUCUUUCAAGAAAGGAGAGAAAAUGAAAGUUCUGGAGGAACAUGGAGAAUGGUGGAAAGCAAAAUCCCUUUCAACAAAGAGAGAAGGUUUUAUCCCCAGCAACUACGUAGCCAAAGUCAAUACCUUAGAGACAGAAGAGUGGUUUUUCAAGGAUAUAACAAGGAAAGAUGCCGAAAGGCAGCUUCUGGCUCCAGGAAACAGUGCUGGAGCUUUUCUUAUCAGAGAAAGUGAAACAUUAAAAGGAAGCUACUCUCUGUCCGUCAGAGAUUUUGACCCUCUGCAUGGUGAUGUUAUCAAGCACUACAAAAUUAGGAGUCUAGACAAUGGCGGCUACUACAUCUCUCCGCGAAUCACUUUUCCCUGUAUCAGUGACAUGAUUAAGCAUUACCAAAAGCAGUCAGAUGGCUUGUGCAGAAGAUUGGAGAAGGCAUGUAUUAGUCCCAAGCCACAGAAACCGUGGGACAAAGACGCUUGGGAGAUUCCACGCGAGUCCAUUAAGUUGGUGAAGAGGCUGGGCGCUGGCCAGUUUGGAGAAGUCUGGAUGGGUUACUAUAAUAACAGCACCAAAGUGGCUGUAAAAACCCUGAAGCCAGGCACUAUGUCUGUGCAAGCAUUCUUAGAAGAGGCAAACCUCAUGAAGACCCUUCAGCAUGACAAAUUGGUGAGGCUCUAUGCUGUGGUCACCAAAGAGGAGCCCAUUUACAUCAUAACUGAGUACAUGGCCAAAGGCAGUUUGCUGGAUUUCCUGAAGAGCGAUGAAGGCGGCAGGGUCCUGCUUCCAAAGUUAAUUGACUUUUCUGCGCAGAUCGCAGAGGGGAUGGCGUACAUCGAAAGAAAGAACUACAUUCACCGGGACCUGCGAGCGGCCAACGUCCUUGUUUCCGAGUCGCUGAUGUGCAAAAUUGCCGAUUUUGGCCUUGCUCGAGUGAUUGAAGAUAAUGAGUACACAGCAAGGGAAGGUGCUAAGUUCCCUAUUAAGUGGACAGCUCCGGAAGCAAUCAACUUCGGAUGUUUCACUAUUAAAUCUGAUGUGUGGUCCUUUGGAAUCCUCCUGUAUGAAAUCGUCACCUAUGGGAAAAUCCCCUAUCCAGGGAGAACAAAUGCAGACGUGAUGACCGCCCUGUCGCAGGGCUACAGGAUGCCCCGCAUGGAGAACUGCCCAGAUGAGCUCUACGACAUCAUGAAGAUGUGCUGGAAGGAGAAAGCCGAGGAGAGGCCGACAUUCGACUACCUGCAGAGCGUGUUGGACGACUUCUACACAGCAACAGAAGGGCAGUAUCAGCAGCAGCCUUAGAGCAUGGGGACGUGCGGGUCCCUUGAACAUGGAUAGCCACCUCAUUUUACAGGAAAAAAUAGCAGACGCUGGCCACACGGGUCAUUUCAUGUGCAUGGAUCAUCUGUCGUGCCGGGUUCCGGAAAGCCAAGGCUGAGUUACUCAGGAAGUUACCCUCUACACAUAAAAAAUGACUUUCUUUUCUGCUGAACUGCUGCCCAGUGGUUUGCAGCUAGGACUGCUCCUCAGCUGGACAUUUGCUCUGCUAGACCAAGAUCCAAAUACAGCCUUCCGAGGGAAAAACCCCAUCCUCCCCCAGAUGCACUUGCUCUGGCCCCAUGUUUACAAAGGUUCAGAGGCCAUCUCAACAAAUUCCAAAUAGUAGCACAACUAGACUCAUUUAUAAAGUUAAAAUGACCAGAUGCAUAUCAUGCUGCUCCUUUGUAUCUUCUCUCUGCUUUGGCUUAUUUGUUGAAAAAAAUUACUAAUCCAACCUCUUAGAUUUUGCAGGUGAAAGCAGCUUAAUGUCUUUCCCAGAUUUCAGUUUCUUUAUAGCCUCUGAAAUAUGAGAGUGCUACGUAUUUUCCUUCCUUGGAGACUGCACAGAACACCUAGGUUGGAAGCAGCAGAAUCAUUUUCCUACUCUCCCCUGUAGAGGUAUUUGUGAGAACGCAAAGCUGCUGUGUUUUGCAAUGUGGCUUGCAUCCACUGCAUCGGCUCAACCAGACCUCUGAGAAAAUGGAGAAGAUACCAGCAUCUUGCCUGAGAACCUGUUCUCCUUAAGAAGGCAUAUUUUUGACAAUCUAAGUUUUCAAUUCCAUGACUCCCUGAUACAGACUUUUUUGACAAUGUAGUUUGGAAAAACAAUGAAAGUCUAAUCUCUGCAGAACCUUAUGGGGCCUUCUAAAAAGGAAGCAUAAGAAUGUUCCUUAUUGCUUCAGAUGACUUAAAAAUUAUUUUAAUGAUCAAAUAUUAAUUUUACUUGUAUUCUAGAAGGUAAAUGCCAUAUUUUGGGCUAUUUUUGUGAUUUAGCAAUCUUUUCUAAAUUGUAUAAGAUGUGUGCAACUAUUUAUAUCCAAGGGUAGGGAGGAAAAUAAGUGACCACAGCUCAGUGAUGAUACACUGGGGCAAGAGAUUCAAGAGGUUUUGUUUACUAAAUUUUUCUACUGUAAGCUUUGAAUGGAAAAUGCUGUAUCGCAUCAUGUUUCACUUAUGCUCUCAUGUAUAUACCUAAUAUUUCUAUGUUUGAUUUUAUUUUAAUACACUGGCCCAAUGGCAUUUCAAGCUUUUUACUUGUGUUUAACAUUUCCAACUGUCAUCAACAUAAAAUUGGUACCAACCUGUGGAAAAAUGACGGAGGUGAUUCACCAUAGUAACAUGGUUUUAAAAACUUGUACAAGUUCUGCCUCAUCCUUUAGUCUUUUCAGAUUGGAGAACUGAGGAGUUAAUGGCGUGGACACCGGAACAUCCCAUUAUGGAGGCCGAACAGAAGGUGUUUUCAACUAGGCUUGACAGGCACCAUUAAAAUUUCAAUUUGGUUAUCUGUUGUCUAGGCCUUCGGUGCCAAGAGGAAAGGAUAAAGCAUUCCACUUUUCCACAAA